AUGUAUCCAUUCGCGGCGCUUGGCGAAUACUGCCGAAGUCCAGACGGUGGAAAAAUCCCAAAAAAAAAAAAAUACGUCCUCCGUCCUCCCGGAGUACGGAGUACAUACGGAAUACAUGCGGAGUACGGAGAAAGAAUAUCCUAUAGAUGA